GUUUCUUUGGUCUUUCUUGUUGUGUCAUAAUUUCCCACACCGACAAACAACAACUACAACAUCCAAAAUAACUAAAAUGACAGGACCAACCACCAACAGCAAGAAGAAACGUGGUGCCGACAGUGAGCGCAUGAUGUUUAUUUCCAAGAAACCAGGAAAUCAGACUUGUGCGGAUUGUCCGUCCAAGUAUCCCACCUGGGGUUCCUUUCUGAUGACGGCGGCAGAAGACAACGAUAAGGGAACCUUGGCCGUGCUAUGCUGCCAGCAGUGUGCCCAGCUGCAUCAUCAAGAACUGGGUAGCAAGAGAUGCAAGAUCAUAUAUGCCAAAGUGAGGCAUGAAUGGUCAACCGAGAACAUUGCGGUUCUAGAUAGGAGUGGAAACAGCAUGGUCAACGGUAUCUAUGAAGCUACCCUGACCAGCAAAGAUUUCGACAAGGCCAUGGUGUUGCCCGACGAGAAUGAAGAAUCCAAGAGACGGGCCAAAUUCAUCAAGAACAAGUACAAAAAGCUCAAGUACUGCUGUCAAACCAAAAACAGCAAUAGAGAUGAAACUGAUUCAACGAACAAAGCCGUCGAGGACAAACCCAAAAUGAAAGCACCAGGACUCCCUAAAAACAGCAGCCGAUCUACUAGUCCAGCCGCCGCGGCGGCAGCAGCGGCAUCCGCUGCAGCAACAUACAACAAGCAAUCCCGAGCUACCAGUUGUCCCAGGCCCAGACGCGACCGUCGUAACACUACCACCAGCCCAUCGUCGUCGCCAAGCAGAAAGGUCAAGAUUGUGGAAGAACAAGACAAUAAAGCAGAAAACAACAAUCAUGAUAGUCCCAAGAGUCGUCGCGACCGUCGUGGUACUAGCCCCACCGCCAAUGGCAAGCAGCAACAAUUUCCGGACUUGCCCCAUCGAAAAAAGGAAGACCGAGUGCGCAAUCGUCGAUCCACAACUGCCGCCCGACGAAAACAAGGUCGUCAAGCAGCAUCCUUGUCACCCAAGCGGUCUAGUAACGUGGAGCGGCAAAGUAGAGCCGACAAUAUGAAAGAAGAACGAUUGCCGAUCAACGAGGGCAUUGUCGAUCCCCGAAAAAUGGUAGCACUGUUGGGUCUUCAAAAGCAAGUCAAGGGUGGUUUGGCUCCCAUUAUGGUGGCACGGGACGUGACUGUUCCAUCAUCCAACGAUGACAACAACAACAAGGAUCAUUGGAUGUCCAACCACCUAAAAGAUGGCGUCGGAAGGACACGAGCUUCUUUGGUUUUGUUGGGCGACAAACGUCGCGUAUCACCAGUUUCCUCCAAAAUGGAUAAGCUUGUGACACGGCAGCAAAUGGUGGCCAUCGAUUUGGAAAAGAUGGUCAUUGACUUGUCGUCUUCGUCCUAGCUCUACUAGCUAGCUUGCACUGUGGACAAACAGUGGGAGGAGGGAGGCUGUGGAUGCCAAGACGGAAGACAAACUAGCUAGCUAAUGGCAACAGGAAGUAAAUAAUAAAGUACAGUAGUCUUGCGGACC